GUGACUCACAAAGAAGGUCAUUGAUAAACUUCAUGGUCAUUUCUAAUGGUAAGUCAAUGUUUCUAAAAUCGGUCAAUUGCUCAGGUGAGAUUAAGGAUAAGUACUUCAUUGCAAAUUUGAUGAAGGAAGUGAUUAAUGAAGUCGGUCAUGAGAAUGUUGUUCAAGUGAUAACUGAUAAUGCUCCCAAUUGCAAAGGGCUAGGACAACUUAUUGAAGCACAAUUUCCGACGAUUAUAUGGACAUCAUGCGUGGUUCAUACUCUAAAUCUUGCCUUGAAAAACAUUUGUGCUUCCAAGAAUGUUGAAAAUAAUCAAAUUGUUUAUGGAGAGUGCAGCUGGAUUUUUGAUAUUGUUGGGGACGUCGUGGUAGUGAAAUUUUUUAUAAUGAACCAUUCCAUGAGACUUGCCAUGUUUAAUGAAUUUGUGCCUCUUAAAUUACUUUCAAUAGCUGAAACUUGUUUUCCAUCGGUUAUUAUUAUGCUCAAAAGGUUUAAGCUUAUUAAAGACGGCUUACAAGCUAUGGUUAUCAAUGAUAAAUGGGAAAGUUACAGAGAAGAUGAUGUGGUCAAGGCAAGACAUGUAAAGGAGUUGGUGCUCGAUGGCAUUUGGUGGGACAAAAUUAGUUAUAUUUUGUCAUUCACUUCACCCAUAUAUGACAUGCUAAGAGAUUGUGAUACAGAUACACCUUGUUUACAUUUGGUGUAUGACAUGUGGGAUACAAUGAUUGAAAAGGUGAAGAUGUCCAUAUAUAAACACGAAGGGUUGCGACCAACUGAAUUCUCUUCUUUCUAUGACGUGGUGUAUAACAUUCUCAUUGAUCGUUGGAACAAGAAUAGUACUCCACUUCACUGUUUAGCACAUUCUUUGAAGCCAAGUGAAGAAUGGCUUACAGAAGAUCCUAAUCGAGUUGCUCCACAUCAAGAUGUCGAACUAACUAGAGAGAGAAUGAAGUGUAUGAAGAGGUAUUUUAGUAGCUCGGAGGAUCGUGCAAAAGUGAAUGUAGAAUUUGCUCAAUUUUCUACAAAAACAGGAGAUUUUGAUGAUUAUGAUUCCAUAUGCGAGAGAUACACAAUAGAUUCUAUAAGUUGGUGGGCAACUCAUGGGACUUAUGCACCAAUGCUUCAGAAGAUUGCCUUCAAAGUUUUAGGACAACCAUCAUCCUCUUCAUGUUGUGAAAGAAAUUGGAGCACAUAUUCUUUUAUUAACUCCAUCAAGAGGAACAAAAUGACGCCUCAACGUGCAGAGGAUUUGGUAUUUAUCCACAGCAACCUUCGUCUUUUGUCUAGAAAAACUCCAGAAUAUUCAAAAGGAAAAACCAAGGCAUGGGAUAUUGCGGGGAUGCUUUUGAUUCACUUGAAAAUGUAGGCAUGCUUGAAGUAGCUAAUUUAUCUUUGAUGUUCCAGAGUUGGAGGCUGAAAUUACUAAAGAGGAUGGUGUUGAUAAGGAUGAAGAUGUUAUUGAGAUUUGAAAGGAUAGUUUUUUAUUAGUCUUUAAUAUUUUAUUCUUUUGUAUGGAUAAUCACUUUCCAUGUUGAAUAUACCUAAUUUUUUUUGUACUAUUACAACCUACGAUGGUUAAAUGUUAAUUUGACCUUUUAUGUUUUGUUAACAUUUAGUAUUUUUUUUUUUUUUUGUUGAGGAAAUGAAAAACGUUUAGUAUUUUGUAUCAAAUUUAUAUAUUAUACAAAAAAAAUACUUUAAAAAAAUAACGUAUCCCCAACGUGUCUGUGUCCUAUUACUUUAGAAAUUGGCGUAUUGCUGUGUCCUAUCGUAUUCGUGUCCCGUGUCCGUGUUCGUGUUCGUGCUUCUUAGACGAGAACGUUACACUACAUCAUAAAGAGAGGACCAAUCACUUGGUUGCAAUCCCUUGUGUUUGUAUAUUAUUAUCAGAUCUUUUUAAUCAUUUUAAAUGUAGACAAGUAUUCCAAACUCUAUUCAUGCCGUAGAUAGGUGAGGUGAAGGAAAUAAUACAUUCUAUUUUAUCCCCCAUAAAUCAUCAAGCACCAGCUACUUUAUAUGCCUUGUACUUGCCACGUCACUUCUCUAUAAUUUGCCCAUUUAUCACUUACGACCACACCUUGCAAACCAUCUAUGAUUAGUUGAAACCUCUUAAGCAUGAUGAUAACGAAUGCAAAAUGUGUUUCAGCCACAUAAAGCAAUAUUAGAAAUUUAAAUUCAUUAAACAUAGCAAGCCUCAUGGAGUGAUUAAUAAUAAAAAAGUUUACAACUAUGGCAUCACUAGCAAUAUUUGAUCUAACUGCAUUCCUUAUAUCCAAGAUGAUUUUUCACCAUUCUUGGCAGUACAUAUGUUCUUCAAGGAAAGAUUCACGGCAUACACUACAUAUGGUGUCUAAAUCAUGACAAUUUGUGCUUCAGUUACCUAUUUAAUGUCUCUCCCUAUAUAUUUUAUCGGAAGAUAUGAGAGGCCUCUACCUUUUUUUUUUUGCUGCAGAUUAAACAUAAGAGUGAGAAUAGGUCAGAAGAUGUUUUUCUGUA